UUGGCGCGGUGGCGGCCGCCGUAGCCCGCGCAGUGCCGCCUUUCUGCCCCACCCCCGUCUCUCUUUCGCGUUCGUCGUCGGGCUACUUCGCCUCCCCCCCCCACUGCCCCAAUCGGCGUGACGCUCCCUGGAGGACUAGGCGGGAUGUCGGGAGCGGGGCCGGUGGCUCAGGGGCUGAAGGAGGCGCUGGUGGAGACCCUGAACGGGAUCCUGUGCCCGGUGCAGGGGGUGCGCGCCGCCGCUGAGGAGCAGGUGAAGGUUCUGGAGGUGACCGAGGAAUUUGGAGUUCACUUGGCAGAAUUAACUGUAGAUCCUCAAGGAGCACUGGCCAUUCGUCAGCUUGCAUCUGUGAUUUUGAAACAGUAUGUAGAAACCCAUUGGUGUUCCCAGUCAGACAAGUUUAGACCUCCUGAGACUACAGAAAGGGCAAAAGCUGCUAUUAGGGAACUACUUCCAAAUGGAUUGAGAGAAUCAAUUAGCAAAGUGCGCUCAAGUGUUGCCUAUGCGGUUUCAGCAAUAGCUCAUUGGGAUUGGCCUGAAGCAUGGCCUGAACUCUUCAAUCUGUUGAUGGAAAUGCUGGUUAGUGGAGAUCUAAAUGCAGUACAUGGAGCUAUGCGAGUCUUAACAGAGUUCACUCGGGAGGUGACAGACACGCAAAUGCCCCUUGUUGCUCCUGUUAUUCUUCCUGAAAUGUACAAGAUUUUCACGAUGGCAGAGGUGUAUGGUAUUCGUACAAGGUCACGUGCUGUAGAAAUCUUCACCACAUGUGCUCAUAUGAUCUGUAACAUGGAGGAGUUGGAAAAGGGAGCAGCUAAAGUUCUGAUUUUCCCUGUGGUGCAGCAGUUCACUGAAGCCUUUGUUCAGGCCUUGCAGAUGCCUGAUGGCCCUACAUCAGACAGUGGACUUAAAAUGGAGGUUCUAAAGGCAGUGACAGCUUUAGUGAAGAACUACCCAAGACACAUGAUUUCCUCCAUGCAGCAGAUUCUUCCCAUUGUUUGGAAUACACUCACAGAAAGUGCAGCAUUCUAUGUAAGAACAGAAGUAAAUUACACAGAAGAAGUAGAGGACCCAGUGGAUUCUGAUGGUGAAGUUUUGGGUUUUGAAAACCUAGUAUUCAGCAUAUUUGAGUUUGUUCAUGCACUGUUAGAAAAACCCAGAUUUAAAAGCACAGUAAAAAAAGCUUUGCCAGAGCUAAUAUAUUACAUCAUUCUCUAUAUGCAGAUCACAGAGGAGCAGAUAAAAGUCUGGAGUGCAAACCCACAGCAGUUUGUUGAGGAUGAGGAUGAUGACACAUUUUCAUACACAGUUAGAAUUGCUGCACAAGAUUUAUUGCUGGCUGUGGCAGCUGAUUUUCAGAAUGAGAGUGCAACAGCUUUGGCUGCAGCAGCUACAAGACACUUGCAGGAAGCUGAGCAAGCUAAAAACAGUGGCACUGAGCAUUGGUGGAAGAUACAUGAAGCAUGCAUGCUGGCUUUAGGUUCAGUCAAAUCUCUUAUCACAGAUAGUGUGAAGAAUGGCAGAAUACACUUCGACAUGCAUGGAUUCCUAACAAAUGUUGUUCUUGCAGACCUGAACCUGUCAGUGUCGCCUUUUCUGCUUGGUCGUGCUCUUUGGGCUGCCAGUCGCUUUACAGUUGCUAUGUCUCCAGAGCUCAUCCAGCAAUUUCUGCAAGCCACAGUUAGUGGUCUUCAUGAAACCCAGCCCCCUUCUGUGCGAAUUUCUGCAGUAAGGGCUAUUUGGGGUUACUGUGACCAGCUGAAGAUCUCUGAGAGCACACAUGUCUUACAGCCUUUUCUUCCCAGUAUCCUAGAUGGACUAAUCCACUUAGCAGCUCAGUUCAGUUCAGAGGUCCUCAAUCUUGUGAUGGAAACACUUUGCAUUGUCUGUACAGUAGAUCCAGCCUUUACAGCAAGUGUAGAGAACAAGAUCUGUCCCUUCACCAUUGCAAUCUUUCUCAAGUAUAGUAAUGAUCCUGUAGUUGCCUCUCUUGCCCAAGACAUCUUCAAGGAAUUAGCACAGAUAGAAGCAUGCCAGCAUGCAAUGCAGAUGAGGUUAAUCCCAACGCUAGUCAGCAUUAUGCAGGCUCCUGCGGAUAAGAUCCCAGCAGGGCUGUGUGCAACUUCAAUAGAUAUAUUAACAACUGUUGUGAGACAUACUAAACCCCCUCUUUCAGAGCUGUUAAUCUGCCAAGCUUUUCCUGCUGUGGCUCAAUGUAGCCUUCAUACAGAUGACCAUGCUACCAUGCAGAAUGGUGGCGAAUGUCUGCGUGCAUACAUCUCAGUAGCACUGGAACAAAUUGCACAGUGGCAUGACGAGCAAGGCCACAAUGGACUGUGGUACGUGAUGCAGGUGGUGAGCCAUCUUCUAGAUCCACGCACCUCAGAAUUCACAGCUGCCUUUGUAGGCAGAUUAGUUUCCACAUUGAUUUCCAAAGCAGGGAGUGAACUGGGAGAGAAUCUGGACCAGAUUCUGAGAGCAAUUCUCAGUAAAAUGCAGCAAGCAGAAACACUCACUGUAAUGCAGUCUUUGAUCAUGGUGUUUGCUCAUCUAGUUCAUUCUCAGUUGGAACCACUGCUAGAAUUUCUUUGUAGUCUCCCUGGACCAACAGGCAAACCUGCUCUGGAGUUUGUAAUGUCAGAGUGGAUGAGUCGACAACAUUUGUUCUAUGGACAAUAUGAAGGCAAGGUCAGCUCUGUUGCCCUGUGCAAACUCCUUCAGUAUGGCAUCAACACAGAUGACAAGCGGCUCCAGGAUAUCAGGGUAAAAGGGGAAGAAAUAUUUAAUAUGGAAGAAGGAAUACGUACACGAUCAAAAGCAGCCAAAAAUCCUGAGCGCUGGACAAACAUUCCUUUGUUAAUUAAAAUCUUAAAACUGAUAAUAAAUGAACUUUCUAAUGCAAUGGAAGCAAAUGCUUCCCGCCAAACAGCUGCAGACUGGAGCCAAGAUGAAUCCAAUGAUAUGUGGGAAGAUCAAGAAGAGGAGGAUGAAGAAGAGGAGGAAAGCUUAACAGGACAACUAUUGUCAGAUAUUCUUGCUACCAACAAAUAUGAUGAUGAUUAUUACGAAGAUGAUGAUGAGGAUGAUCCCGAUGCCUUGAAGGACCCUCUCUAUCAGAUUGACCUGCAGGCUUACCUUACAGACUUCUUGUGUCAAUUUGCACAGCAGCCUUGCUAUGCAGUGUUCUCAGACCACCUCAAUGAGAAUGAAAGAAGAGUGCUACAUGCCAUUGGCAUAUAAAUCCAGACCCUUGUGAUCAUAUCUAGACAAUAUUUUUCUGGUUUGCUUCAUGUUUUGUGAGAACAUGAAACAUCUUCCAUAGUUCACCAGAUAUUAUAGAUGCGAUCAUCUUUAUUUUGAAGUACUGCUCCCUAUCAUGAUGUGGGUUAAGAGAAGGAUUGUUCAGAGGCAACAAAACAUGUGCAUUAAGUUUUGCACACUGGAUUCUCACAAGGGGAACAUCUUAUUCUUCAAAUCAGCUUUGCAAUAGACCAUUAAAAUAAUGUGCCCCAAUGCCAAUUUUCUCUGCACCCUUGAAAAGGCACUCCACUGACUUCAUAACACAGCAUAUUGGAACGAAGAAGACAGUAUGGUUGUCUGUUGUUUGUUUGGAUGUGUAUAGAAUGGGGGGAGUUUGUCCCACUUCACACUUGUGUAACACAGGGUAAAUGAUCUCAGUCUUACCAUAUCACAUCUUUUUUAAGAGAACUAUGAAUCUUUUUAACAAAGAGACGCUUGAACGAAAUGGAAUCAACUUACAAAACAAGAGUUUGGAUUAAAACCUGCAAAAUAAAAUUAUUUUUUUCCAGUUGCAAUUGGAAGUAAAUUACUUCCACUUGGGUUUUGUCUCUUUCCCAGUUCUUCACUAAAGCUAUUAUUGCAGAACUUGCUACUUAAAACUCAGUUCCUGUGGUUACUGAUGACUUGGUUUUGCAACCAAACAAACUUUUUAAAUAUGGAAUCCUGAUGGUAUUUAACAUGUCUACUUACUUCAUGAAUACAGUUCUCUAAUACUUUUGCUUCCUUUCACACAUAGGAAUUAUUCAGAACAGAUAAACCCAUAAAUUAGUAUGUGUAUUUUUAUAGGGGAGUAAAAUUAACACUGACUAAUCUGCAGGUACUGUUUGAUGCAUCUCACAACACCUCUUUGCCUUUUUCUCCCAUUUGGGAAAAAUUAAAAUAAAAUUGUUCAAAUAUA